GUCUUGCCAAGUAAGUGCCCACCCACUGCAAACUGCUCACUCUUUCUCCUUAACUAGCAUAUAAACAGACGACUGAUCAAAAUCCAGAAUUGCAAGUCAAUACUAAUCCGCAGCCAACACCCCGCCAUGGACGAGGCGGAGCUGCCGGAGUGCCCGGUGUGUCUGCAGCCGUAUGACGCCGUAUCCGCCAUCCCUCGCGUCCUUACCUGCGGCCAUACCACCUGCGAGGCCUGUCUGAAGCAGCUCCCUAACCCAUUUCCCAACACUAUCCGCUGCACCGUCUGCACUCUCCUCGUGAAAUUUCCAAACUCUCUUGCUUCCCUUCCCAAGAACCUCGACCUCCUUCACUUGUCAUCUGUCCUUCAACACCGCCACUCACCAGGGAACAAGAAAGUUAUUUCACCAUCAUCGCCGCAGGCAAAUGGGAUAGACCAGUCAGUGUUGUUUCCUUCGGCUCUAAAGUCGUGGUCAUAUGAGUUCUAUUGUAAAUGGAAGAAAUGGGUUCUCCCGAGAGAUUGUAUUUCGAUUGAGAAAGUGGGUUCGGAGAGUGAUGGUGGAGUAGUUUGUGGAGAAGUUCUCAAGUAUUUUCAGAGUGAUUAUGUGAUGGGGUGUGUUUUGAGGGAGAAAGAACACGUGGGUCUUGUUAGAGUUGGGACUUUUGUGGAGGGUGAAGAGGAUUCUAAGUUUUUUAAGGCUAGCUAUGAGUCAAGAAUUCUGACCGUUUUGUAUGGGAUGGAGGAAGAGGCGAGAAAUAAAUUGCGAAUUAUCUUAAAUGCAACUCUUAGAGUAAGUAAUGUGGGAAAGGUUUUUGGGUUUUGGUGUAACGAGGAUGAUAAAUGUGUUUAUAUGGUUUGUGAGAAGGUUGCUUCGCCUAAUUUGUUGAAAUGUGUGCUUAAGAAAAAGGAGGAUGAAGAUGAAAGGUUGAGUAGUGAUGAAAUGAGUGCUUUGGCGAUGUUCUGUAUGGAGAUAUGCGAAAUUUUGAGCCGUUUGCAUUCUGAAGGACUGGCUAUUGGUUUCUUGAGAGUGAGUUGUUUUGGUUUCAAUGAUUUUGGCCGUGUUUAUGUUGAUUUGGGAGAUGUUUUUAAUACAGGUAGGAGACUGCAUAUGGCUGUGCGAAUAGAACUCUGUGAUUUGGGAAUAAGUUUGAAGGAUACUUUACUGGACAAAUAUCUUAUGUUUAUUAGCCCUGAGAUGUUAUUGAACUUUUUUGUCAAGGAGAGCUUUAAGUUUGAUUGGGGAAAAUCCAGAUAUGAAGUUGGAUGUGCUUCAGAUGUUUGGUCUUUGGCCUGUUUACUGGUUUGGCUUAUUGUUGGGAGCACUUUCGUGGAAGAGAUGAAAUGUUUCUUGCAUUUUGUUGCUAAUGCUAUCAAAGAUGAAAAAGGCUGUGAUUAUUCUGGUUUGUGCAUGCGUUGGUCAGAGAAAAUUGCAGUGGUAUUGGAGGGUAGACUGGGCUCUGAAUAUGCUUCUCUACAGGAUAUCUUGUGCAAAUGUCUGGGGUUUGACCCUGGAAAUCGGCCAGUUAUAACCGACUUAUGGAAAUGCCUGAGGGAGUUGGUUAUUAAACCACAGUUUGACACAGGACUCAUGUUAAAGCAGGAAGUAAAGAACGGAAAAACAGGCCACUGUGUAGUACUAGGAGAGAUCUGUGAGAUGGUUGAGGAAGCUGACAAAGAAUUGAUGGGUGUUAUACAAGGAAAAGAUAAGAAUGAUGGAGCUGGUGUAGAAUUGAGGGUCAAUGAAGAUGUUGUUCAGGGAGUGUCCAGGGGCCAUGUUAAAUGUACAGAGAUGAAAGGUCAUCUUGAUUGUAUCACAGGGCUAGCUAUUGGAGGGGGCUUCCUGUUCAGCUCCUCCUAUGAUAAGAUUGUCCAUGUAUGGUCUCUGCAGGAUCUUUCGCAUGUACACUCAUUUAAAGGUCACGAGCAUAGAAUCAUGGCUGUCGUUUUCGUGGAUGGCGAACAGCCACUAUGCAUUAGUGGUGAUAAUGAAAAUGUUAUAUGCAUUUGGAAAGUCACUUUUCCCUUUUCUGAAGAGCCUGUGAGGAAGUUGCAUGAGAAAAAGGAUUGGCGCUAUAGUGGCAUUCAUGCAAUGGCCAUUUCUGGAACUGGGUAUCUGUAUACUGGCAGUGGAGAUAAAUUAGUAAAGGCAUGGUCACUGCAGGAUUAUACCUUGUCAUGUGCUAUGAGCGGCCAUAAGUCUGUUGUAUCAUCUCUAAUAGUAUGUGAUGGCGUUCUUUAUAGUGGAAGCUGGGAUGGGACUGUGCGUUUAUGGUCUCUCAGUGACCAUAGUCCUUUAACAGUAUUAGUGGAGGACAAACCUGGAAAUGUAGGAUCUGUUUUGUCUCUCUCCAUGGAGCAUCAUUUGCUGUUUGUUGGUCAUGAGAAUGGUAGCAUAAAGAUAUGGCAUAACGAUGUCCUCAUGAAGUCCACACAGACCCACAAAGGUGCUGUCUUCUCAGUUAGCACGAAGGAGAAAUGGCUAUUCAGUGGGGGCUGGGACAGGACAAUUGGCCUGCAGGAAAUAUCUGAAGAUGUGGAUGGAAUGGAAGUCAUACGUGUUGGAUCUAUUGCUUGUAAUUCUACCAUAACAGCUCUCCUGUACUGGCAAGGGAAGCUAUUUGUUGGUCAAGCUGAUACAAUAAUAAAGGUCUACCAGGGAGUUUAGCAGCAAGUGCUUGGAGAUCCUCUCUUUGAUCUUGUCCAGAGCACGAUUUCGUCAGACACAGCCGUCCUAGUUGAUAUAGUCGAACCGAUGAAGACGAGUAUAGUUGUUGUAUAUAUAGAACAAGCAACCUGUGCAAGGAUUGCAGAAUCCUUUCUGCAGAUCAAAGAAAAUGUAUAGAACUAUUCAAUUGCAUCUUAUACUGUUGAUGAUAUAGUGAACAUGAGUGUGAUACAUGGGACCAUGAACCACAGAGUGACACAGUACAGUAUUCUCAAUUUC